AUGAAUUGGUGCCUUUCACGUCGUUGGCGCUUCCGUCUUGAACUUCUUUCUGCCUCCCUUCUUUCGCGGGUUCAUAUCGGAUGCCACGCAGAGCCACGUAAUAAUAUGUCUACCACUCCCGCGAAAAAUGAGCUAGCCUCUGUUCACGAGAGCAUUCAAAUUACUUUGUCUAAAAUACAAGAAGAUUCUGCAAAGAGGAGUAGCCAAGAGCAGCAGCUGAUCUCAUCAGUGGCGAGCGCUAAGUGCCUAGCUGGUAUUUUCUCAGCGCAUUCUCCAACCAACGAUGAAGUAGUGCGGGCUCUCAAAAGUGCUGGUGAAGAAGAGCAGGUGGAAGCAGAGUGUCUGCAGCGCUACCAGCAGUUUGUAGAAGCGAAAAAGCGCUGCUUUACUUCUGUGGAGGCUGACCUGCGGUCUGUGUCCAAGGUGCUCUCCGGUGUUUUGGCAGCCAGCGAAAAAGUGGAGGAGCCCACCAGUGGUGAUUGCCGUGCUGAGGUGCAGGAAAAUCAAUGCGAUGGUGAAUUACUGCACUUGUUGCGUCUGUGGCGUACGGUCGUGUGCUUGCACGAUUUAGUGCUAGGCUCAUUAAUUAAAAGGGGUUCUGAUGGCUCUCCAUGCGAACUUCAGCGCUUCAGUGCCGGCGAAGAGAGAUCUUAUGUUCGUGAAUCAGCGUUGAGGAAUACUGUCGCCGAUACAGAAAAAAUGCUUCUUGCGAUCCGGAAGCGCUGGAGGGACCUAACUGAGGAAGCGGAGGCAGUGCGUGCCACAGCGGAAAGCAUGACACCUCUGCCGUUUUCGGAUGAAGCUACUCUUCUGAUUGCGGAUGAAAAAGAUGAGCCUCUUGUCGCGAGCAUAAAUCAAGGACUUCACGAGCUGCAGCAAUCCAGCGAUCGUCUGAGAAAGAAAAAGGUUGCCGUUGAUGAAGGCGCUGCAGCUCUCCUAGAAAAGGUGAGAAACCUAAGCUUGCAAACAGCAGCUUGCCGCUGCUCUGUGGAGGCAUUUUCACAGCGCUCUAGAGAAGCCGCGGAUGAUGCUAACAGUCUGAUGAGUGCAAAAGCGAGAGCUCUUCAGGAACUGCAUCGAAAAGCACAAGAAUGCGCAUCGGAGCAGGGACUUCUUGACAGAGAUGUCGGUAGCUACAAGCAGCUGUGUGCGCUGCUUGUGGAGUGGGCAGAAAACGAAAAAUCGGAAGCAGAGCGUAUUGUAGCAGCUGAGCAAGAGUAUCAUUCUUUGGUUUCCAAAGAAAGAGCGCAACAAGAGAAACUCAGGUGUCUGCGGUUGUCAAUCAAAAACCUUGAGAGUGAAGUGCGCGAUGCUUCAACAGAAAAGCAACGCAUUGUAGGCGAAGUGCAGUACUUGUCGAAGCUGGUUUCCAAUCCCACUGUGGUGACGCAGGUGCUGGCCAGGGCAAGCGAGGAGUGCCAUCCUGAGCGUGAAGUGACCGCACUUCAUAACUACCUAAGAUUUGUACAAAAGGCUCGUCUGGAAAGACAUACUUCCCACGAGUAG